GCGCGGCGCGGACCGGAGUCGAGCCGGGUGGGCGGCUGGAGGGCUGGGGACCCGGCUGGCGGCUGCGGUGGCUUCUGCUUCGCCGAGCCGGGACGCAGCGAUCGGCCGAUGGGUUGCACCUUCUCAGGCUGUUGCUCUCCCCAGGGAUCCACGCACCGACGCCGGCCCGCGCUUUGUCAGUCGAUUCCAGCCGCCGCCGCGGGCGGAGCCUGAGGACCUGCGCUCGCGCCCUGCACGCCCAGUUUUGCUCCGCUUGGCCGCGGGAGCCCUAGCGCAGCAUCCUUUUGCCCGCUCAUGCUGCAGCUGCUGGCCAGCGGCGAAGCUGCGGCUGGAGCCUGCCGUUCAGUGACCUCAGCCCGGUCCCCUAGCGUCGCCGGAGCCGCUCUCCACGAUGGCUGAGCUUGGGGCUCCGCGCCCCUCUUUGACUCGGCCGGGACCGUUUCGCGCCAGGUGCCCCGGGUGCCCCCGCUGAGCCGCGCCAGGCCAGGGUUCCCAGGGCCUGGGCGCCCCUAGCCCUCGCCUCCCCGCCUCGCCCUUCCCCUCCCGCCCUCUCCGCUGCUGCUCCCCGGGGCUAGGGGCUAGGAGACCCAGACAAAGCCCCACUUUGUGAGGGAGGCAGGCUUGGAAUGUGCGGAGCGGCGCGCGCCCCCUCCCCGCCCAACCAGCUGCGAGUCUUGGCUCCCGGGAGGGUCGCGACCGAGAAGUCACCCCGGGCAUCGCCCUCUACCCUUGCAUCCUCGGCCCCCGAGGUCCAGACUCGGAGCUCACGCGGGACCCCUCCGCUCGCGCCACUGUGAGUGAGCAAGGAUUUCGUAGAGGAAUUUGUUCUGUCCAAAACUGGGAGUGGGCACCGGUGCCUUGGCCCACCUUUUCGGCGUAACUGCAGGUCUGAGCUGUCUGACCUCAGUCUCCCCACCUGGACCCCCACUUUUCUCCUCUCGGCCAUCCUAGAUGGCUGUGGGUCAUUGUUCUCGCUGCCAAAUGGGGAUGAUUUGUACAGGCUGCCAAGUUGGGGUGUGUUCUCUUUAUCCUGUUUUCCAAACAAAACAAGGCCUUUAAGGCGGACCCUGGGCAACCCACCUGGCCAUCACUCCAGGUUGAUGCUCUGAGUCUUACCAAAUGGUAUUUUAUUGUACAGGAGCCACGCCCUGGUUUCUUAAAGCACCAGGCACUGUUUGACCAUGUGUUAUCUUUAUAGCGGGUGUGUGGGAGGCCUUCUGUGAGGCGCUUAUUCCCCCCCCCCACACACACACCUCUUGAUCAACCCCCCACCCCCGUUGAGGAUUUAGGGAUGCCAGGGGGAAAGAAGGUGGUCCCAAGUGGCAGCAGCAGUGCCUCCCCGAACGCAGCCGCCGCCACUGCUGCUGCUGCUGCUGCCUCCGCCGCCGCUGCCCCCCACUCUGGCACUAAACGUUUGGAGACCACCGAAGGGGCCUCAGCACAGAGAGACGAGGAACCCGAAGAGGAAGGGGAAGAGGACCUACGAGAUGGAGGUGUACCGUUUUUCAUCAACCGAGGUGGACUGCCAGUGGACGAGGCCACCUGGGAGAGGAUGUGGAAGCAUGUGGCCAAGAUCCACCCUGAUGGAGAGAAGGUAGCCCUGCGCAUCCGUGGGGCCACCGACCUGCCCAAGAUUCCCAUACCAAGUGUGCCUACUUUCCAGCCGACGACGCCCGUCCCUGAGCGCCUGGAAGCCGUGCAGCGCUACAUCAGGGAGCUGCAGUACAAUCACACAGGGACACAGUUCUUUGAAAUUAAGAAGAGCAGACCUCUGACAGGGCUGAUGGACCUGGCCAAGGAAAUGACCAAAGAGGCUCUGCCAAUCAAAUGCCUGGAAGCUGUGAUCCUGGGAAUUUACCUCACCAACAGUAUGCCCACCCUGGAACGCUUCCCCAUCAGCUUCAAGACCUACUUCUCAGGGAACUACUUCCGCCACAUUGUGCUGGGGGUGAACUUCGGGGGCCGCUAUGGCGCCCUCGGCAUGAGCCGAAGGGAGGACCUGAUGUACAAGCCCCCUGCCUUCCGCACGCUCAGCGAGCUCGUGCUGGACUACGAAGCGGCCUAUGGCCGCUGCUGGCACGUGCUGAAGAAGGUGAAGCUGGGCCAGUGUGUGUCCCACGACCCGCACAGUGUGGAACAGAUUGAAUGGAAGCACUCGGUGCUGGACGUGGAGAGGCUGGGGCGGGAAGACUUCCGCAAGGAGCUGGAGCGUCAUGCCCGAGACAUGCGGCUCAAGAUUGGCAAGGGGACAGGCCCUCCUUCUCCCACCAAGGACCGGAAGAAGGAUGUUUCCUCCCCACAGAGGGCCCAGUCCAGCCCCCAUCGCAGGAACAGCCGCAGUGAGAGACGGCCUUCAGGGGAAAAGAAACCUGUGGAGCCCAAAGCCAUGCCAGACCUCAGUGGGUACCAGAUCCGGGUGUAAGGCAGAUGCCAGCACCCCCAGAUCUCCUCUGCUUCUGGAGGCCCUGACCCACCUGCAGGAAAGAACCUACUUCAUUCCAGGCAGAGGCUGGUGAUGGGGUGGACUUGGGGUGGGAGGCCAGAAGGAUGCCUUGCCACUCAGCCCCAAGUGACUUCCCCUCCCACGAAGCCAAGCCCCUAACUUUGGGCCAAGAAGCGGAUAGUGUUUUAUUUGGAGUUUUAGCUCGACAACUGAAGUCUAUAAGGUAUUUGAACGGAAAGGAGGAUGGAUGUGUUGGUAGCUGUCAGGGUCUGUUUUCUCUCUCUCUGAGCACCGCGUGGCUUAGGGAGGAGGGCUGUUUCCUUCUGUGGUGCUCCUUCUCUCAACAGUGAUCGGGGUUUGUGAGCCUCCCCAGCCAGUGGGGGGAGGGGGGCGGGGUAGGGAUGGCAGUGUUUUCUCCAACUGGGCCUGUCCUGGCAGAAUCAUGACCCAGGGAGAGGGAAGCAGGGUGGGAGGUGCUCCUGAGAAACGAUUUAUUUUUCAAAUCAGGAACUUGGCAGAAGCUACAUCUACCUAAGGUCCAGGAGAGCCCUUUAGACAGCACUGUGCCCCCCCAACACACACACACACACACCAUCUUCACCAUGGCCAGUUUGGGAUUAGGCUAUCCGAGAACCAGGAGAGGACUAUAGUGGGAAGAGUUCUGACCCUUAGCACAUCUGCUGGCUCCGUCUAGUUUUGAUUAUUGCUGCAGCCCAGGGGCUGCCUGCAGAAGGGCUGGGCUUUGUAGAGAGCCCAGCCUUGUCCUGGGGACACCAUGACCUUAUGAAGCUUGGCUGGGCAUGGGGUAGUUGAGUGGAGCCCUCUAGCUGUGUGGGAGUGGGAUCUUCUCUUCCCGUCUAGUAAUCUCAGCACUUGGUGGAGAAACAAGACCAGAGCAGGCUGCCUAACCCCCAGGGUGCCUUCCCUGCCUUAGCUGCCUGUUUACUGGAGUAGCGGCCAAUUUUAGCAACUCUUUGGGAUACUGACGGGAGCUGGGUGAUGGGGGCAAGCAAUAGGAGUUGUCUGCCCCCUGGCCCUGGGGCACAAGAUCCCGGGUAGAAAAGUGAGGUGUGGAGAGGAGCUGUCUGGGCUGGGGAGGAGAGCCAGCCCUUGAGUUUGGAAUGUAAGUGAGAAAGACUGAGGGAGGCAAUUCAGGAUGGGGCUGUGUAGGGACUGUGUGGGGACUGAAGUCCCUGCAGCACAGGUGGCACUCAGCAAGUUGCUAGAGGCUUCAAGUGACAGAGGGCAGCUGGAUGAGGUGACUUUACUGAGAGGGACUUAAGGGACUUUACUGAGAGGUGGAGUCAGCUUGGGCAGCUGCCAGUAAGACUGCAGAGGGCGGAGGGCUGGCUGGGAUAAGAGCUAGAGACCUAGGGACUCAAAUGCCUACAGGGCCAGCAGGUGGCAAAGAAGAGGGCUAGAUGGGGACUGUGUCCCACCAAAGAGAACAUAUCCCAUUAAAGUAGGAUGCUGCCAUUGUACUGUCCCACAGUGUAAGCCCUAAGGGAUGUAGGCCUUUUUUUUUUUUUUUUUUUUUAAGGGUCAGGGCUCUGAACUAAUAUAUGAAUUGUAAUUGUUUUAAAAGUUACCAGUUCAAGAAAUGAUCACCAUAGCCGAGAGAGUACCAAUCCACAAUAUCUGGGGUAGAGAGCGUGGGCUGGUUGUGGGGAAACUGUGGGUAGAAAAUGUGACAGUUUAAAGUUUCCCAAAGGUGGCAGGGGUCACUUCCUGUAUCUCCCUCCUGGCCCCAUCCUGCAGGCAGAGGCUGAGUUUGUGCUUGCUGGGUCACCAGAGUGGGUAGAGUGGGAUAGAAAGAACUCUUCCUGCCCGGAAAUGGAUGGUGGCUGGAAUGAGGAGGAGGGAUGCCCCUGCGGUGACAUACCAACAGUUCCUGGGCCCAGAGCCAGGCCCACUGGGGCCCAGCACAGGCACCAUGGGGGGUGGGGGUCUGAGUGUU